AUGGCUUCUCUUCCUCCCGUCUACAUUGUGUCCUAUGCCCGUACUCCUGUCGGUGGAUUCCUAGGUUCUCUCUCCAGCCAGACUGCCCCGCAGUUGGGUUCUCAUGCGAUCAAAGCUGCUGUCGAAAGAGCCAAUGGUAUUAAGCCAUCCGACGUUGAGGAGGUGUUCUUUGGAAAUGUUCUGUCCGCAAAUGUCGGUCAAAAUCCCGCUAGACAAUGUGCCCUUGGCGCUGGCCUUGAGGCUUCCACAAUUUGCACUACAGUCAACAAGGUUUGCGCUUCGGGCUUGAAGGCUGUCAUUCUGGGUGCUCAGACUAUCAUGACCGGAAACGCCGACAUCGUUGUGGCUGGUGGAACCGAAUCUAUGUCGAACACUCCUCACUACCUUCCCAACCUUCGCACCGGGGCGAAAUAUGGAAACCAAACCAUGGUCGACGGAAUCGCAGAGGAAUGUGCUCAAGACCACGGGUUCAGUCGAGAGGAUCAGGACAACUAUGCCAUCCGCACUUAUGAGAAGGCCCAGGCUGCUCAGAAGGCCGGCCUCUUUGACGAUGAGAUUGCUCCCAUCGAGCUGCCAGGAUUCAGGGGCAAGCCAGGUGUUACUGUCUCGCAAGACGACGAGCCCAAGAACCUUAACCCCGAUAAGCUUCGUGCUAUGAAGCCCGCCUUCAUUCCUGGAACUGGAACCGUCACCGCCCCUAACUCCUCUCCUCUCAACGAUGGUGCCGCUGCUGUCGUCCUUGUGUCUGAGGCCAAGCUGAAGGAACUCAACCUGAAGCCAGUUGCAAAGAUUCUUGGAUGGGGUGAUGCCGAACAACAGCCCAGCAAAUUCACAACUUCCCCUGCGCUUGCGAUGCCCAAGGCUCUCAAGCACGCCGGCGUGUCACAGGAUGACGUUGACGCCUUUGAGAUCAACGAGGCAUUCAGUGUGGUUGCCCUUGCCAACAUCAAGUUGCUUGGGCUUCCCGCAGAGAAAGUGAACAUCCACGGUGGUGCCGUGGCCAUUGGCCACCCUCUGGGAGCCAGCGGUGCCCGUAUUCUUUCAACCUUGCUUGGAGUCCUGAAGGCUCAAAAGGGCAAGAUUGGCUGUGCGGGUAUCUGCAACGGAGGUGGCGGCGCCAGUGCUCUGGUUGUUGAGUACCUUGCCUAG